AUGGCUAUCCUUGUCCCACGCUCUGUAUUGAUGGGUCUCGUAAUGGGCCUAUUUCUUGCCUGGUUGAUGCAGCAGAUGGUGCCUGUAUUCCAUUUGCCGGCCAUCCAGAAUCACGACACGUUUCCAACGUCUACGACACUAUCCCUAUCCGAGUCGAUGGCGCAAGUGGUAAAAAAUAGCCUCCGCGCUGCUAGGCAUCGUGCGUGGGUCGGUGGUGGGUACAAAAGCACAUCGUCGCUACGUGCCCCAACUCCAAUUCCAACGCCUGCCUUUCACAACUCUGCAACUUUCUCAACCACACCGCACACGAUGUCUUCCCAAAAGUCUUUCAUGGACGCUGUCAAGGAGCGUCGCACCUACUACCAGCUCAACAAGGAGUCACCCAUCUCCGACAAGCAGAUCGCUGAGAUCGCCGAGAAGGCUCUCCUCCACGUCCCUUCAUCCUUCAACUCACAGAGCACCCGUCUGGUUGUGCUCCUUAACAAGGACCAUGAAAAGUUCUGGGACUUCGUCCUUGAGGUCUUGAAGCCUCUUACUCCUGAGGACCAGUUCCCCAAGACCGAGCAAAAGGUCAAGGGAUUCGGAGCUGCUAAGGGAACCAUUCUGUGCUACGAGGACCCUGAACCCGUCGAGGGCCUCCGCAAAGCUUUCCCUCUUUACGCCCACCACUUCGGUGACUGGUCUGAACACACCAACGCCAUGCACCAGUACGCUCUUUGGGUAGCUCUAGAGGCUGAGGGUUUCGGUGCCAACCUCCAGCACUACAACCCCAUCAUCGACCAGAAGGCCUCACAGGAGUGGGACAUCCCUCUUGGAUGGAAGCUCAGGGGCCAGUUGGUCUUUGGUGGACGCGCGGGAGAGCCUGGCGAGAAGCAGUACCAGGAGGUGCAAGGCAAGAGGCUGUUUGUACACGGAGCGCAGUAG